AUGGCUGAGAAAGCAAUAAACCAAAUUCAACAAGAAUUGAAUGAAUAUAGCUCGACAAUCUCAUUGUCUAAUAACUAUUUAAAAUCGCAAAAAGCUUUAUUGCAUAAGUUAAAACAGGAAUCGGAGCGGGAAAAACUAGAGUGCACUUUCAUUAAUAAUUCCAAUCGUUCAUUACUUAAUGAAAUUAAGGAAGAAGAAAUUAAAUUGCAAUGUUUAAAUUCCUCCUUGGAAACAAUCCAAAGCGGAAACGUUGAAGGGGAAAAGGAGUUACUCCUCACGAAAGAGCGUAGAUCGGAAAUCGAAGAACGCGUGACCAACGGAAUAAAAAAAUAUGAAGAAAAAUGGUCGUUAGCCAAGAAGAACUACGAAGACAUUCCGUAUAUGAAAGACUAUUUAAACUUUAAAAAUAAACUACAGACACAUGAGCAGAAUUUAAAAGAUCUGAUUAACGAUUCUGAUAAACUGUCCAUUGAUAUUAAGAAAUUGAAACGCGAAGUAUGUGUAUUAGAUAAAGAGCAUUCGAUACUAAUUGCUCGAUUUCUGACUAUAGAGAAAGCGGAAAUGCUGAAUAAGAUAGCGAAAUAUAGACGCGAUAGGGCCAUACAAAGUAAUGAUAUAAAGAGUCUGUCGCUAUACCCUUUACCGAAGCAGGGAAAUGAUUUAAAAAAUAAAGAAGUCUUUGAAAACACUCCGGAAAAACAAGGCACGAGCAAAGCAGGACUAUCGUGGCCAUGUUUCCAGCAGCAAAACAACGAUCUUGAUAUGAUAACUGCCAAGUUAGAUCAGAUAAGGAAAGAUGCAAAAAAUGUAAAACGUCCAGGUUCCCCAUUGUUUAAGGAGCCCAAUAAAAAACCCAAUCCUAAAGAAUACGUUAAUGACGAUAUAACCGACUAUUUCAUGUACCGCUCAGUCAAGACCGAUAAUAUCAAAGAUUAUUCGAAUAAAAAACUAAUUCAUAUUAUAGAGGAUAUACAACUAAAUGAGAAAGAAGCGCAUAAGAUUAUCGCUCAAGCGGACAAAGACAGCUUCAAAGAUGUUACAAUGAUAGGAGCUAGUGUUGGUAAAAAUCAAACACUUUUCGAGAAAGAAGACGUUAUAAGCAAUAACGAUCGCAAAGAAACAAUUAAUGAUAAAGAUAGCUAUGCUAGUGCUGAGGAUUCAAGAAAUAGUACUAUUAGCAACAAUGCUAAAGAUGACGUUAGUAAGAAUAUUGAUACAGAAAAAUGUGUGUCUGAUGUAAAUAGUGUUGGUAACAGUACUAAGGAAGACAAUGCAAGUGAUGCUUAUAGGAAGUCUAAGGAUCCAAACAGAUUGUCUCAGAAUAAACCCAUUCAAGCUGAGGAAAUCGAAGAAAUCGAUUUAACUGCGAGUUCAGUAAAUUUGUUGCCACCGACACAGUUUAUGGAUACGAUUCAGCGGUCCCAGGAGAAAAAGGUAACAUUCAACAUCAACGAAUCCGUCGAAGACAUGCAAGUUGACGAUACUGUGAGAGCACAGACAUCUGUAGAUAGUUACGCACAUAUUAAAGAUACAAUGUUCAAGAAGUACAAUUUGGACAUAUCUCCACAAUUUAUGUAUGGAAAAGACGCGUUUCAAAUGAAAACAAAAGAAUAUGUCGUGAGGUCUAAAUUCUUUGAUAACAAAGAUAUCACUGAAACUCCCAAAAUAAAUACUAAUGAUGAGAAUGAAACUGUCAUGCCAGCUCAGCAGACAUUGCAAGAAACAGAAGUGAUACAAGCUGCCUUUUGCAAGGCUGAUAAAGUAAAACCUGUGUCUGGUUUACUUUUUACCCACGGUUCACAAGGUAUCCUGGAGUCCUUGGAACUGUCGGCCACCGCUGAAUAUGAAGAAGGUGAUUCUGAUUAUCCUCAUGGAAUAGACGCCAGUUUGCUCAUGUCACCAAAAGCAGAUGAUAUACCCACAGCAGGCGAGGGUGAUGACAACAAGAAUACUGAACAAGCACCAAAUUUUUUAACAGGUAUAAGGAAAACCGGUUUUUCAUUAUUCGGAGGAGCAACCAAUGAUGAUAAUAAGUCAACAUCUGGGUCCCAAGAAAAUAAUCACUUUUCAUUUUCUUUUGGUGGGGAUCAAAAGAAAAAGGGGGGAUUAUUUAAUAUGUUUCGUUAA